CCCCUCCCCCGCCCAGCGCUGCCAUAUAAGAAGACACCCCAUGCACCUGUAUGCUGCAAGACCACCAGAUCCCUACACAGCCAGAGCCUCCCCAGCCUCCGCCAUGAAGCUGGCUGUCACCCUCAUCCUGGUCACACUGGCUGUCUACUGCAACUCUGAGUCUGUACAGAUCUGCCCAGGAUUUCUGCAUGUCAUCGAAACCCUCCUCAUGGGCACACUCUCCAGUUAUGAGACUGCCCUACAGCCUUUCAACCCCGAUCAAAACUUGACAAAUGCAGGGAUACAGAUGAAGCAGCUGUUGGACACCCUCCCCCAGGUGACCAGAGUGAAUGUCAUGAAACUCACGGUAAGCUGUGUCCUUCACACACAUUGGUUACAAGUGGCCUCCCCAAGUUCCUCAACUACAGUGUUACCCUAUAUUUUUGACCCCAUUUCUAAUGAGACAGAAGAAUCACAAGGCUGA